CAAUAACUAAAUUACAAUAACAAUGUUUCUUUGAGCUAAUAUUUUGAUAAAUUAACAAAAUUUACUGGCACAUGUACAAAUUGUACGUACUGCGGCAAUUCAGAAACAACAUAACUGGAAAAUCUUUCCCAUCUGAGUUGCAUAAAAGCUGGUCAAAGAUUCGUUAAGGGGAACGGAAACCCGCUGCUGUUGCACUUCUCACGUAGCUCUGCGAUUCACAACAAAUGGGUUUGUUUCUGAAUACCAUAAAAUGGGAAAAACGCUGGCAACUGCUGCAUAAAUGUGAUAUUAUAAUAAAGCGUAGCAUUAAAAAACAAGCUGUUAACCCCACCAAGCUAGCGGAGGUUGGUCGCCUGCAGGAUGUCAAGGAAGAAAAAUACGAGACCGGCCAACUGUUUCUGCAUCGCAUCUUUGGCUAUCGCGGCGUAGUGCUCUUCCCAUGGACGGCGCGCGUUUAUGACCGCGAUUUGCAUAAUCCCAAUAAACAGGUGACAACAACAACAACAUCAGAGGCUUCAUCACUUAGGAUUAAGGCUAACAACGACAGCAAUGAAAAUGCAACUACUGCAGAUCACCACGAAGCGGCGACAGCUUGGCAAGCUAACAGCAGUGAGACUAGUACGCAGACUACUACAAAAAUCGGUACCGCAAAACCUGUAGGCGAGAUCAAUACGGAUUCGAAGGAAGUUAGAGGGAGAACGCAAACGUUCUAUCAGGUGCUUAUCGACACCAGGGAUUGUCCACAUAUUCGCGCCCAAACGGAGGCUGUGACAUUUUUAGGAAAUCAGGACUCAAAUCGUAGCCUGUAUGCCAUACCCGGAUUGGAUUAUGUGGCGCAUGAUGAUAUUAUGCCAUACUGCUCUGCGGAAAAGCAUCCGUUGCAGCACGAACUUUUCGACAAAUUUCUAACAUAUGAGGCCAAUGCAGAUCCGCCAUUUGUGGGUCAGGAUACACUCAAGGCAUGGCAGGAGAAGAAUCAUCCUUGGCUAGACAUGAGUGAUGUUCACAAGGAAACAACGGAGCAAGUGCGUGUCACUGUAAUUCCCUUCUACAUGGGUUGUCGCGAGACUCCAGCUUCUUCUGUAUACUGGUGGCGAUAUUGCAUACGUUUGGAGAACUUGGGAGAGCUCAGCGUGCAGCUGCGUGAGCGCCAUUGGCGCAUAUUUUCGCUCUCUGGCACUUUGGAGACCGUGCGUGGACGCGGCGUUGUGGGCCAGGAGCCUAUACUCAGUCCACGUUUGCCUGCGUUCCAGUACAGCAGUCAUGUGAGUCUUCAGGCGCCAAGCGGUCAUAUGUGGGGCACAUUUAGGCUGGAGCGUGAAGACGGUUACUCCUUUGACUGUAAAAUACCUCCUUUUUCGCUGGAGUCCAAGCCGGAAGAUACAAGCACUCCCACGGCAGGCACGUCCACGUCCUCUUCCACGCGGGACGACAGUGAAUGAACAUGUUACUAGGAAAGUUAUUUUGUAGCUAAUCAUAUUUAAAUUCAAACGAUUUUGACCAUUCAGCAA